CACCCCCACCCCCCCUCCAGCUCUGAACAUGGUACGGUCUCGUCUCAUAGAUUUCAUUCAUAAAAAUUCUCCCUCACUAUCAGAGAGGAGAGAGAGGGAGCGAGGGAGCGGGCUCGCGCAUCCAGGUGUAGCCUAGUAAACACAAAGCCCUUCAGAAAAAAGAGGAAGACUGCAGAAGCAGCUCUCAGGGAAAGGCUGGUGCUCCUGCGAUUCACUGCACAGACGCUGCUGUUUGUUGUUUUGGUGCUCGCAGUUUGAGGAGAUGCCUAAAUCUUCGUCUCGCGCUGCCCUCUGCCCGGAGAGCAAGAUGAAGAGUGCGCAGGGCCGAGGCUCUGACAGCGGCGCGGCCGACGGCCCCUUUGUCCCCACGGUCACUGCCAUAGCCACGGCUCCGGAUCUGAAGUGGAUGGUCCUGUCCACUGACAUUUCAUCAGUCAGUCCCUGCAGCGGCGCCGCAAAGCAGAAGAGAGCUCAGGCUGGACAGAGGAAAGCUCAGCCGUCCACCCGCAAAGCAGGCCACGGGGCCCCUGCAGGCCGCAGGAAGGGACAGAAAGAGCAGUUGUCCCCGGAGGAGGAAGAAAGGAGGAGAAUUCGGAGGGAAAGAAACAAACUGGCGGCGGCGAAGUGUCGAAACCGCCGCCGUGAGCUCACCGACAGUUUGCAGGCUGAAACUGACCAGCUAGAGGAGGAGAAAGCAGCUCUCCAGGCUGAGAUCAGCACCCUGAUGAAGGAAAAAGAGCAGCUGGAGCUCCUGCUAUCCACCCACAAUCCCCACUGCAAAAUCCCAGCGGAGAUGCAGGAGGAGGAGGAGCCCACUGAAGAGCCUCCGAAAUCUGCCCUCGUGCUCCAGGAUGAUCCGAAUCCCGUCCAGUCACCUUCCUCCACCAUCAGCCUGGACAAAAUGCCCUCCUCUCCUCUGGGCCUCCGCCAGGUACCCACCUGCCCCCAGGAACUGGAGCCCACUGGCCCCAUCAUCUCGGAAGACUCCGAUGUUCUCCUGUGCUCCAGCGCUGCACUGGAACCCUACAUAGACGUGAAAGACGUCCCGAUGGACGACCUGGGCUCCAAGGUCGGCGAAGAUGACGACGACGAUAUGGACCUGCUGGUGCCCGACAUUGACCUCAGCGCAUCUCUCGGCCUGACUGAGUGGGAGACCCUCUACAUGACAAUGGGGGGCAGUCUGGACCCCCUCAGCACUCCGACACUAAGUCCAGCCUGCGGAACUAGCGUUAGCAGCGCCGUGCCCGUGUUCGACUUUCCAAACUUAGACUCGGAAGGUUCUGAGGGGAAAGCCGGGGCGGCUAAGGCCAAAGCAGGCGCAGAUAACUCCACCCUGCUGGCCUUAUGAAGGUCAAACCUGAGAGAAGGACAGAAAAAGAAAAAUUUUACACCUGCAUGACCGUCUUGAUGUUUUGAUGCACUUUUAGAACCUGAAAGCGGGUCUUUGAAACGCCGUUUUGUCCCUGUGAGGCGAACGAAGGCUUAUCUUCUGAAGAAUUUUUGGCCCGUGGAUAAAAGGCCCUCAGAAGUGACUCUUUAUAGAGCUGGUUUGGAUUUUCAAGAAAAAAAUAAAGGUUCCUAAAAGGGUUCUUUGCUUCUAGGAAACCAUUUAUUGGCGCAGAAUAUUCUAAAAGGGUCCAAACAGGCAGGUCUUCACGUUUACAGAUCACAUUGAUAACACUGGUCCUUUAAAGCAGUCCAGUCCUCGCCCUUUUAGAAAGUGAUCUAUUAGAUCUAUUAAUGUGGAGCUACUCGUAAAAACAAGCUAAGCCACAAAAAGCUACUUUUUAUUUAUGUCACGCUAAUUUAGAUUCAAGAAAUCGUUCAGGUCAGGGAACUGAGGGUCUGCAGCCACGAAGGUCCGAAGUAAAAUGUAGCCUUUUUAGGGUGGAAACAAACCGAGAGUGAAAUAUAUAGACCAGUCUGACAGCUUGUGAACACUGAGCUCACAGUAGGGGGCGCUGGUGCGCUCACUGACAGCGUCCGACAAACAACAAGCCCGUCGUUAGCACAUCAAUGUAACAUAAGUUAGUGUGGCUUAAAAAGCCCCUGAAAAAUGCAAAUUAGAUGUGAUUUGGUUGUAAAAAUAAACGUCACAAUCUUCCAAACAGCUCAUUAGCUAACGAUAGUGCUUCGCUAGCUAGUUUGUUUUGCUAUCGUUUCUACUCCAGGUCUGAGUCUCCAGGCUGAGAUCUUCGAAUCUGGACCUCGAAUCGUUUCCAGUCCUCGAUUUUGUCAUUUCUGCUACACUGCAAAAAUAGUAAAUUAAAUUAUUAUAAAAAUAGUCAAUAAACCUAAUAUUUCUCAUGUUGAGAUUGUUGUAAGCUUAAUUUCAAGAUUAUUUACCUCAUUUCUAGACAUUUUCACUCAUUUUCAGUGAUUUUAUGAAGUAAAAUUAUCUCACUGUGUUGGUUUUAAGAAACGAGUUUGAAACCAGCAUAAUUAUCUGCCAGUAUAGUGAGAUAAUCUUACUUAAUAAAAUGACCUAAAACAAGUAAAUCGUGUCCAGAAAUCAGCAGAUAAUCUCAUCUUAAGUGCAGAUUUAAGAUCAUUUCACUUGACAAGACUAGUUUUUGCAGUGUAGGUGGCUAAUCAGUGACAUCACUGGUUCAGUUAACUAGCUGAAACUGGAAUCUGGGUCCGGACCCCUAGACUAGAGGAAUUUGGGGGGCGGGGUUUAGAGGGAUCCUCGUUUACUGCAGCAAAAGUUUAACAAGUCGUCCCCAGACGUGUUUACUCUCAUUACGGGAUCACCGAACCUACGGGAACCAGAAGUGGUUCUACUACAGCAUCACUGCAAAGAAACUUUUUGGCACCUUUAUUUGUAGAUAUACAGUCGUAUGCAAAAAUUACAGCACCCUGAUCAACUUGCCUGCUGUUGCAGGUUUUCUAAGUGUAAAUAAGCGCACAGUUUCCUGCCGAAUUGAUUCUAUCGGAACAAAAUUAACGUUAAAUAUAAAAUGUGCCUCCUGCACAGGCCACAUGUUGUUUAUGUUUGUUUACAAUAUGUUAAAUUUUACGUUGUUUGUGUGUUAAAUUGUGCAGAAUACUGAUUUAAAGGACUUAUUAUGCUUAGAAAACCAACAAAAACAUGAAAUUUGAAAACUUUUGCACACGACUUUAAGCCUUUUUUGAAAAGAGUCGCCAACAGGGACGAAAACUGGUUCGUUGAGGUCCAUUUGCUGAGGUCAUGACUUUGUCGUUUGCACCGCAUGUGCUGUACAGUCACAACACGCGCAGCAUUACUGUGACCCGAUCAUCUCUUCCAGGUGGUGAUGUGUGGAACGUGGUGAUAUUCAUCCUCCUCGAUGGACGUCGUUUAUUGGUGGGCUCGUUUAUGCACUUUUUUGUACUGUGUUGACUGAACUGGUCACUUUCCAUCUCGUCGUUGACUUUGUGCUUCACCCUACAGUCUGUUUACGAAGGCCGGCCCACAUUACGGUGUAUAUAUAGAUACAUAGAUAGAUAGAUAUUGAUAUAUAUUGAUAUUGCGAUAUGAAAACAGGUAUCGUCAGGAAUAUUCCGGUGUUGUCCCGAUAUAAUGUUUACUCCUGGUCUUUGACACAUUCGCUGCAUCACUGUCCAUCUCUGUUUCGGCCAGGUUUUAGCUUUAUUGCUCAUUUUCUGGAGAAUGAAGAGCACAAAUAUUAAUUAUGAACUAUCUGUGGAGAGAAUAUGAAGUUCCAGUGUUUAUUUUCCAGUGUUCUGUGUACGGUGAUGAGUGUGGUGACUGUCCAUCUCUGAUAUAGAGGCUGUAACGUGUUUCCUGUCAGUGUCUCAGUGUAAAUAUCUGCUGUAAAUGGAGAAAAUAACGAUGUGACGUCGGUUUCCUGUGAGACGAAUCGUGCCAUAUUUCAAUAUUGUUGUUGUUUUAUAUUUUUUUAUUACCUCCAGUUUAUGCCAUGUUUACAAAUGUGCAAAAAAUAAACCAGUGAAGUAUGAA